ACCUCUACCCUCCCCAGACCCCACCCGUGAGAUUACACUGGGUUUUUUGUUACUGUUGUUGUUGUUCACAUUAUUUAGCCCGACGGAAUGUUUCAUAGGCGAGUUGGGUCAGCCUUAAAUCUUCGUGGUAACGCGAUAUUAUCCACUACAAAGGAGCUAGGCAAUGUUGGUCUAUUGUAUUCAAGUGCAACACCAUUGGAAGCACUACCAAGAAAGCUGAAAAGGGCUGAAAAGAAACCGUGGGUGACGAAUAUUAAUGAGCUUAAGCGGAGAGGAAGAGUGGAGAAGGAAGAGAGAAAGGUGGUACGUGAAGUUGCAUUAAGGCCACCUGAAAAUGGGCUAUUAGUUAAAGAGUUAAUCCCAGUUGCUCAUCAGGUCUUAGCUUCCAGAAGUCAGUUAUUAGCUUGUGUUUCGAGGAUUUCGGAGGAAAUUCCUAUUUAUUUUUGCAGCUUCUGUAGCGAAGUUCAUGUCGGUCAUCCACCACAUAAGAUUAGAACUUGCGAUGUUAGCGGCAGUCAGAAGAACAAAGAGCAUACAUGGCAAAGAGGGGGUGCAGAGCAUAUAGUACCUGUUGUAGAAUCUUUUCAUCUCUAUGACAGGUUGGGAAGAGCUGUUUCACAUAAUGAGCGACUUGAAGUUGAUCGCAUCCCAGCCCUCGUGGAAUUGUGCAUUCAGGCUGGUGUGGAUUUACAUGAAUACCCAACCCGAAGAAGGAAGUUCCCCAUUUACCGGGUUGCUGGAAAACUCUUAGAUUUUGAGAAGAGGUUUCCAAAGGAUGAUUUGUCCUGGAAGGACAUAGAAACUUCUAAGUCUAAGGAAACUAUGAAGAAACUCAGUGGAGAUGGAAAAUAUUUGAAUUUACACUAUGAUGACAUAAAAGGAUUCGCCAUGCGAGGAAGUGAAGCCUGGGAGAUUAUGUGUACCGGAGCCAUACAGCUCAUGCAAAAGUAUCCCGUUCAAACAUGUGGAUAUUGUCCUGAGGUGCAAGUUGGGCCAAAGGGUCAUAGGGUUAGACAAUGUCAAGCCUUCAAGCACCAGAUGAGGGAUGGACAGCAUGGUUGGCAAGAGGCAACAAUAGAUGAUCUUCUCUCCACUGUAUAUGUUUGGCAUGUCCGAAACCCGCAUGCUGGUGACCUUUUGGUUGAUUCUUUGAAGAGGUAUUAUGGAAAGUUACCUGCGGUCGUUGAACUGUUUAAUCAAGCUGGAGCACAGGUCGGAGAUGAUUACCAUUGCAUGAUGAGGGAAGAUGUUGCAGUUCCUGGACUAGAUGAAGAAAAAUUGGUAGUAUAAAGCUAUGAGAUGCUGGCCUAUAUAUUGGUAGAUUAUUUGAGUUGCUGGCAGAGAUGUGCUCGUACCUUAUGGCAAAAAGUUAGUAGGCUGUUUAGAGUCCAAAACAUGAAGAGGAGAGAGCUCAAAAUUAAUGCUGGGACAUAUUUACUGUUCAUUUAUCUAUUAGAUUACCUCCGAAGGUGAUGAGAAAGCAUCCCAUAGAGGAGGUUGGUGGUUUCUUUUAAUGUUUUAAGCUUCACUUGUAAUGUGAAAGCCGCAUUGUUAUACAGUUAUACAUGCAGAGGCAGAGGAGAAACAAGAUUAGACUGAAGAGUUGUUGGUUUGGUGGCUGCUGCUGAGGAUAAACCAACACGAGAUCGAUUCUGUGAUUUUGUUGUGAGGGCUCGUUUACUGUUAGGACAACAAUAGAUUCUGGCAAUUGGAACUUCAACAGUUCAAUUUCUUGUUGAAAUACAACUUUUUUCUUGCCUUUAGAAUUAAGACAAC